UGCACCGCAAUAAUAACAGCAAUAAUUAAAAGCAGAUGCAAACUAGCUGGUUUUGCAAAGCCACAGUUGCAAAGCAGUUGUUAGCUUGACAACCAUAAUUUUCACAUGCAUGUUGGCACACCGCAUGUAAAUUUCAGUGAAAUGUUUACCAAAAGCAAUUGAGCGAGUCAAAAAAGUGUAUUUUCUAAUCGCACGAUAGCCAGCUAGCUGGAAUUCGAGUUCGACUAGAACGAGGCUACCUGUUCGUACACACGCAACUCCUUAUUGCAACCAUAUUUUCUGUUAUGUUUCUGUGUAACAAACAAUUGCUUAGUAACUAUAACGAUACGAGGUACAUUUGGAAAAUAACGAACUGGGCUAUGCAAGUCAGCUUAACCUUGCCUUGAAGUGCAUUGACUUUGUAUGCAUGAAGUCACCCAUAGGCUCAGUAAUGGAGGGGGAAAAUGUGCUGGCGACUGAACGGUACGGCUCCCAGGAAAGAUGGAGAUACCGAUUAAAGGACGGAGUACUGAAGAGAGAAAGUGAAGGGGAAGACCCUAGAUUUACAAGAAGCUCUGUAGUUGGCGUGUUGAAAAGCAUCUUCUUGCCGCAGGGAUAUCCAGACAGUGUCAGUGAAGAUUACCUUCAGUACCAGUUCUGGGAUACAAUGCAGGCUUUCUCCAGUUCUCUUUCAGGCACUCUGUCCACUCAGGCGUCACUUCGGGGUGUUGGUGUUGGAAAUCAGGAGGCCACAGUUGCUGCUGCAACUAUUACCUGGUUAUUGAGAGAUGGUACUGGAAUGCUGGGCCGUAUCCUGUUUGCCUGGCUUAAAGGGAGUAAAUUGGACUGUGAUGCCAAGAAAUGGAGGCUGGUAGCUGAUGUUCUCAAUGAUAUUGCUAUGUUCAUGGAAAUUGUGGCUCCAAACUUCCCGACGUGCUUCACUCUAAUUGUUUGUACUGCUGGAGUCUUUAAGUCAAUUGUAGGGGUAGCAGGGGGAGCCACCAGAGCUGCUCUGACUGUGCACCAGGCUCGCAGAGACAAUAUGGCCGAUGUCUCCGCUAAAGAUGGCAGUCAGGAAACUCUAGUGAAUCUGGCAGGGCUAUUAGUCAGCCUCAUCCUCAUUCCCCUGGUCACUGACAACGCAUGGUUGACCUUUACCCUCUUCUUCUUCUUCACCAUCCUCCACCUCCUGGCCAAUUACAGGGCAGUUCGCUCUGUUGUCAUGGAAACACUCAAUGAGGCUCGACUUUCUAUUCUGCUCCACCAGUAUCUGCAGGACAGUCAGGUCUUGUGUCCAUCAGAAGCCAAUCUAAGAGAGCCUGUAUUCCUGGAGUUCAGGAGGAAGGUUCCCAUUAAACUUGGAGUAAGGCUUGGAGAACUGGUCAACAACCCACAGGAACUCCAGCUGGCUUUGAAACACAGUAACAGUCCAUACCUCAUUGGAGUCAAGCAUGGCUCAGUGUGUGUUUGUUUGGGUGAGGAUGCAUCAGCACGUGACGAAAUCAGGGCGGUGUGUCAGGCAGUGUGUCUGAGCACUGUGCUGCUCUCUCCCUCCACGUCGGAGGGAGCUUUGAAAUCACUCUCAGCUGCACGUACGCAAGGCCUUUGGGAACUGGUGUCAGAAAGUCACAAAGUGAUUGACCACAUUUUCCCCCAGUUCCUUAAAGGUCUUGAGGCCAGCGGGUGGCAGGUUGAUCGUACGCUACUGGACUGGGAUGAGUGGCGGGUGGACUGGAGAAAGAAAAGUGACUGACACAUAUUGAGGCUGACAAACUGGUCAAGAGCCUGAGAGGCAGGAACACAGGAGCCAGUCUGCACGUUGGCAGCAAACAUGCUAUACAUAUUUGUCUGCGCAAACAUCGGGGCCAAGAUCUACUCUGAUAAGAAAGACAUAACCCUUUCAUCACUGUAGUCCUUCUCUUGCUGAAUGAAAUGGUGAUAUCAUGUCAAUGACAUACGUAAAUCAGGUAAUGUCCAUUUUGGAUUGUAAUAAAAAGUUCAUUUAGACA